AUGAGAAGCCUUAUUUUAUGUUGCGUCCUUUUAGCGGCGCUGGCCUAUGUCAGCUGUCGAGAGGUAUCCCGUGAAAAGCGAGAGGCAGAUUUAGAGGAAGCUGCCAGUCAUCACGGUAAAAAAUGGGAUAAGGGUGGUGGUCAUGAGCAUCAUGAGCAUCAUCAUCAUGACCAUGGCGAAAAAGGCCACAAAGGCUACAAGGGCCAUCAUCACCAUGAACAUGGCAAAAAGGGGCAUCAUCACCAUGAAGGCCACAAAGGCCAUCAUGAUGAACAUGGCGGACAUAAGAAACACCAUCACCAUGAUGAUGGACAUCACCACGAACACCACCACGGUGAGAAGGGCCACAAGGGACACGGUCAUCAUGAAGAAGGCCAUUAUAAAAAGGGACACUCAACUAAGGGACAUCAUGGGGUACACAAGCAUGAUGAAUUCAAAAAAGAGAAACACUUCCACGAUCACCAUCAUGAAGGUGGUCAUCAUGAACACCAUGGAGGUCAUCAUGGAGAGCAUGGUCACAAGAAGGGCGGCGGUUUCCACAAGGGACACAAGCACGGUGGACACCAUCAUCAUGAGCACGGCAAGAAGGGUCAUCAUGAAAAAGGAGGACAUCAUCAUGAGCACAAGGAUCAUCACGAUGAAGGUGGUCACCAUGAGCAUCAUCAUCAUCACCAUGAUCAUGGUAAGAAGGGAGGCCAUGAAGAUCACAAGCACUGGGGUUACAAGAAGGGACACAAAUAA